AUGGGUUCAGUAGACACAUCCCUCCAGCCACACACAACCGGCAGGGCAGCCGAAUUUGCCAAAGCCCAUUCCUCUUCCAACCCUCUCAUUCUCUAUGGCGGCUGGUUCUGUCCGUUCGUCCAGCGCUCCUGGAUCACAUUGCACGAAAAAAAGAUCGCGCAUCAAUACUUCGAGAUCAACCCGUACAAGAAAGACCCCGACUUCCUAGCACUCAACCCGCGCGGACUGGUGCCUACACUAGCCGUGCCUGUCGACAAGGCUGGCGAGAAUCAAAAGCCCUUAUACGAGAGCGUAGUGAUCUGCGAGUAUCUAGACGAAGUGUACCGAAACCCGCAAAAAAACGGCCCCUCCCUUCUCCCAGAGGACGCAUAUGACAGAGCCUGGUGUCGCUUAUGGAUCGACCAUAUCAGCACGCGCAUCAUCCCAGCGUUCUAUAAGUUCCUGCAGCACACCGAGCAGAAGCCAUACUCGCUGGAGGAAGCCCGCAGUGAGCUGCUCAAACAAAUCAAGACGUUCGCUAAGGAAUGUGACCCCGAAGGCCCGUACUUCCUAGGCAAACAAUUCGGCAUGGUCGAUGUGAUGCUCGCGCCCUGGCUGUGCAGACUAUUCCUGUUCGACGUAUACAAGGGUGGUGUCGGCAUCCCCAACGAAGGGAGGGGCGGCGAGGAUGAGCAGGUCUGGCAGCGAUGGCGGAAAUGGGCCAAGGCGACGCACGAGAGGGAGAGUGUGCAGGACACACUGAGUGAAAGGGAACAGUAUAUCGAUGCGUAUAAGCGGUAUGCCGAAGAUACGACGCAGAGUCAAGUUGGGCAGGCCACAAGAUCAGGCAACAGACUGCCCUAG